UCUGGACAGGUUUUGAUAAAUCUCCCCCAUAGUUUUGCCUAUAUGCAGCAAUCGCAACGCGAAACCAGACGACGACAGAACCUCCCCCCCCUGCCAGCUGUAAAACAUAUGGCGAACACUUCUGAAGUCCAGCGAGGGUUUUGGCAAAAAAUACGGAUGAAAAGGUGACCCUAACCUUAUAUGGCAGUAAGAAAUCUUCUACAAGAUUCCAGCAACUUUACUAUUCCAGAGGAUGAUAAAGAUAGUCGCAUUCAUGAAGUUAAUAGAGUGAAGAGCAGAUACCCCUGCAAGAUACCGGUUAUAGUAGAGAGAAGUCAUCGGGAAAAACUGCUACCUCCACUUCAGAAGAUCAAGUUCCUUGUACCCCCGGAAAUCACAAUGGGGCAAUUUGUCAGUAUGAUAAGGUGCAGACUCUCCUUACCUCCAUCACACUCGCUCUGUGUACUGGUCAAUGAACGUCAGAUGGCAAGUUUAUCGCUGACCAUUCUGGAAGUCUACACAGAACACCGGGACCAGGACGGCUUUCUCUACGUGACUUACAGGUCACAUGAAGUAUUCGGCUGAGGACUUCUACAUGCACCGUAGAUGAUACCCUAGAUAGACUCAAGGUGUGACCACACAAGAGUUCUGGCUGAGCAGACUCCAUGAUCUCAUAAGCUCUACAGGGACCAUAAGAAGGAGCAGCUGUAUUUAGGAGAGGAACAAAAAUCCUUAAAGGGGUA